AAAGAUCCUGAAAAGAAAAACCCUCACAGGGCUGUUUUGUAUCUCCAUACGCACCAGACUAAAAGUGAGAAGGACACAAAUGCACAUGUGGGGGCUUUGAAGGAACUUAUAGAGCAGCAGCCAUGUUUAGCGGAGACUAGUCAAGGAAAGGUUGCAUGGAAAGGAGAUGCACUUAGUAAAAUAUUAGGAGAAGAAAAGCCUGGCCACGUGCAUGGCUUGGGACUUGUUCCAAAUCCUAAUCAAGUGUUUGGCGCAUCUCCUUCAAAGCGCCUUAAGAGUGUAAAUUUGACUUCACUAGAUGAAACAUCAAGUGAAGAUGUAGUAUCUUUGAGACUUGAAAUGGAGAAGCUUGGGCAGCGUGUCCGGAAUCAAGAUGCCAAUAUACUACAGCUGCAAAAACAUAUCCAACAGGGAUGUUUAGUUGAUCCUGUCUAUGCACCUAAAGAUGGCUAUUGUGCUGAUGUGCCAAAUACGAAACGAAAGCGAGUAUAUAGUGACCCUCAAAAUCAAGAUUCUAGCAUGGAUGGACAGCGAGUAUAUAGUGACCAUCAAAAUUUCCAGGAUUUCAGCAUGGAUGAACCACUGAAUGAUACAAUGAAUGGGCAUGCUGACAAUGUGGAGGAUGAUGAUCUGCAGCCAGAUUACGAAUACCUUAGUCAUGUACAGAAGAGGCAAAAUCUUAUGAUGCAGAGAAAAAUAGAUGUUCUUAGCUCAAAGAAACAGAAGGUGGCUGAGCACUCAUAUGGAACCACAAAUUCGGACUCAUCUACCCCAGCCACAAUAAAUAUUAGCUUACAGAUGGAGCAAGAUGAUUAUGUGGAGAAUGAGGAUCUGCCAGCACAUUACAGAGAUAAUUGUAGUAGCGAUAAGGUUGUCUCAAAGGAAACAUAUGCUACUCCCUCAAUUUUUGAAGCAUCUCAGUACCAACUGAACAAGAUCUCAAAAAGGCCUAGUGCAUCGGUACCUGCUAGUGUAUAAGACACAUCGCUUAAAACUUCAUUUUAUCCUUUUCUUAAUUGUUCUUACAACUGGAGUCUAAGAAUCCCCAUAUAUACUUUUGUAGAAGAAUCAUCGUGGUACAGCAAGUUUGUCAACUGGCAAUACAAUGAAGGUUGGCACCAAAGUAUACUUGCAGAGAUGGAAAAAUCGAAACAAGACUGUCGCAAUGGGUAAACUAGUGAGUUGUGAUCCAAAACAGAAACUUGAUGGUGUUCAGCUAGGCAAAGAAUUUUGGAUGGUUUCUGUUAGUUUUGUAAUGGUAGAAGAUGAACCAUUGAUACGACCAUACAAAAACUACAAGGUUCUUAGAGAUGUAGAAGGAGGAGCCCAUGUUGCAUGGCCUUCAACUUUUAUCGAGAAGAUAGAUAUAUGAUCACAGCAGAGGAACACUUGACUGAGCUAAAGGAAGGAGAAAGGAGGACAACUAGCAUGCUAAGAGGGAUCUUUUAUAUGUUUCAUAUUUGCUCACAUAGUAACAUGUGCUCUGUACAAAAAAAUGUGUCAUGAAUUUGGAUGGUACUU